UUCGUUCAAUUCCCGUUCUAAUUUGAAUGAGCUUUCCUUUCUCAAUGUCAAAGAAAUGCAUGUACUAUGUUACCAUAGUGACAUAGGCAAACAUUUAUCCACAUGGAUGAAGUCAAUCAAAGAUGUUGUUUAAAUUUCAAAGAAAGUUUUUCGACUUGAACUUUCGGAAUUUGAGUAGAUUUAGCGACUUACCAAAUUCUGUUGACAUCACUUUUCCCAAUGGGAAUCGCAUGUCAAUUGAAUGUGGUCGUCUGGCCAGAUUUUCUGAUGGAUCUACUGUGGCCACUAUUGGUGAAACAAAUGUUCUUGUUGCUGCAGUUAGUAAAACAAAACCAUCACCAUCAAGCAUGAUACCUUUGACAGUUGAUUAUCGUCAAAAGGCUUCUUCAGUGGGUAAAAUUCCAAGUAACUUUCUGAGGCGAGAGGUUGGAGCAACAGAGAAAGAAAUACUUACUGGAAGACUAAUUGAUAGAUCCAUAAGACCAUUAUUUCCAGCAGGUUACUUUUACGAAACUCAGUUGUUUUGUAAUCUUCUUUCAUCUGAUGGUAUCAAUGAUCCUGAUGUUGCUGCUAUCAAUGCAGCAUCAGCAGCUCUCACGCUUUCCGAUAUACCUUGGACCGGUCCAAUAGGAGCCGUUAGAGUUACUUUCUCUGAAAAUAGUGAUAUAAUUAUCAAUCCUACUCGUUUUGAAAUUGAAGAACAUGAUUUCAAUAUGAUAGUUAGCAGCAAUGAAGCUGAACGGAUCCUGAUGAUAGAGGGCUAUGCAAAUGGCAUUGGAAAACACAAUGAUUUAUUAAGAGCUUUAAAGGCUGCGAUAUCUGCUAAUCAAAAGAUUAUAAAAGGUAUCAAAAAGUUGACCGAAAACUUCCCUAUCCAAAAAAGAAAAGUUGAAAAAUAUUACGAGCCUUCAAAAGAUCACAUCGAAGCCGCUCAAUUGUUAGCUUCGGUGAGAGCAAAAGAAAUUUUAACUAACUAUACCCUCGAUAAGAUGAGCAGAGAUAGCGAGUUAAAAGAAGUGUAUAAAGAUGUGAUGGAAAAAUUGAAAGAAAAUUUUCCAGAUGAGGAUCCUACGAUUCUGAACAUAGCCUAUAGUAAAAUGAUGAAAUCUUUGAUUGAAUCAGUUACCCUCGAGACUGAAAAAAGAAUUGAUGGCCGUAAAUUUUCAGAUUUACGGGAUAUUAGCUGUUCAACCAAUUUGUACAAAACUCUUCAUGGAUCUGCUAUAUUCCAACGAGGUCAAACUCAAGUUCUUUGUACUUUAGCAUUAGACUCAUUGAAAUCAACAUUCAAAGCCGAUCCAGUUACUGUAAUGACUGGAGGAUUAAAAGAGAAGAACUUUAUGCUUCACUAUGAUUUCCCUUCAUUUGCGACCAACGAAACAGGAAGAGUAGGAGUUUUUGGACGACGGGAAGUUGGUCAUGGAGCGUUAGCUGAAAAAGCUCUACGGCCAUCUAUGCCAUCUGAUUUUCCAUUCACAACAAGGCUUAACUGUGAAGUGCUCGAAUCCAAUGGAUCAUCAUCAAUGGCCAGUGUAUGUGCUGGUAGUUUAGCCCUUAUGGAUGGAGGAGUACCAGUUUCGCAUGCUACUGCCGGUGUAGCUAUGGGUUUAUUGCAUUACAACGAAGAUCAAGAAAAAACAGAAUCAUCAAAAGCCAGUGUUAAAGAGAAGUUCGUUGUUCUAACAGAUAUCUUAGGAAUUGAAGACUAUUUUGGUGAAAUGGAUUUCAAAAUAGCCGGGAACAAAAUAGGUUUUACAGCUUUACAAUUAGAUGUCAAAUUAUCAACUGGUCUUCCAAUUAGUGUGGUUCAAGACGCUCUUUCUCAAGCUCAUCAAGCUAAAAAGAAGAUCUUGUCCAUUAUGAAUAAUGUCAUUUCAAAGCCCAAUGCGGAAAGUAGAGAAAAUUGGCCGGUAACAGAAAUAGUUGAAAUUCCUCCUCAUCGACGAUCAAGAUUAUUUGGUUUUGGUGCAACAGCUCUGCGUAAAUUGACUAUUGAUUAUGGAGUUGAACUGACCCAGGAUGAUUCUGAUCAAAAUAAAUUAAUUUUAUUCGCCCCUGAUAAAGGAUCGCUCUCUGCUGCCAAAAAAGUAAUUGGUGAACUUAUAGAGAUGGAUGAUUAUGAAAAGAAUCUUGAAUUUAAAGGAAUUUAUACUGCUAAAGUUGUUGAUAUAAUUGAUUCUGGUGUUAAAGUUGUACUUUUCCCAGGAAUGGACCCAGUUUUUAUACCAAAUCGAGAAUUAGAUCAAAAGCAAAUCAAACAUCCAUCAGCUAUGGGAUUACAAGUGGGAUCAGAGUUUAAAGUUAAAUACUUUGGUCGCGAUCCAUCGUCUGGUUUUAUGAGACUUUCACGACGUGUUCUUCAAGCAUUAGAUCCAAUCGGUGGUAACUACCUAAAAAAUACCGACCAAAGCUAACCUUUAUUUUUAUUUCACUAUGAAAAAUUAGUUUCCGCUUACCUUUUUCAGUGCCAAUAGAUAAAUAUUUCUAAUAAAAACCAUCCGAAACCUUUGAAAAAAGCAAACCAACGUAAGUCACUGUUGAUAUUAUUAAUAUAAUGCGGAAACAAUUUAUUUUGUAAAAGAAAUUUACUCUUUUGAUGUACAAACCGAUGCAGGUUGGAUAUUUUAGUUUAUUAAUCAUUCAAUUAGAAUUUAUUGUACCGAAUUUUUGUUUAUCAAUACAGACGAAAAAUAGACUUUAUUAGAAUUAUAUUCAUUGUCUUUGUUACAUUUAAACCAAACAUUGAUUUACAAAUAUAAAUUGAUUUUAAGAUUUUAA